AAAACAGAGGAGUGCGUUUGCGUGCCUCACAGUACGAACAGGGAACAUAACUGCGCCCAAAAUCACCCUCCACGCACCCACAUGGCUUCAGCCCUGUUUAUACCGCAGGAGCUAUGGUGCCUCAUACUCGACAAUCUCCGAGACGACGAGGUGGCUGUGGCUGCGUGUGCCAUUACCUGUCGAGCCUUGCGAUACGCAGCCGAGGCGCACCGAUGGCGCACCGUGUCCUGCCCCAGGCUGGAUCUCCUUCCACAACUCCAGUGGACGCUGCGACGGACGCCAAAUAUAGCCGCCAAGGUCCAGCGGCUUUCCAUCCGGCUCAAUUUCAGCGGCCUUGUCUGGAUCACCGCCUUUCCAAACCUACAGGCUCUUACUCUAUCCGGAGUCCACUUCGACGCGAAGCCUACGCUGCGCGACAUUGUUGAACCCCUUUCACAGAGUUAUCUCACCAGGCCGGUGACCUCCGUGGUGACCCUGUCGCUACGCGAGUGCUCCCUGAACAUCUCAACAUUCCUCUGGCUGUUGCAAAUCAUGCCGAACUUAACAGUACUAAAUUUAUCGGAAGACACGUUGAUAGGACCUGACCCCAGAAGCGCAUCAUUCGACAUUCAUCUGAAGCUCGCCAAUGUAUCCUGCCGUCCGAAACGUCUGCGGUGGAGCUUGUCGCAAGCAGGGCAGGGAGGCUCGUUCCUCCAAUCGCGUAUUUGCAGUGCGGUCGAAGAAGCGGUCUUCACGUUCGCGUCCUACCAAGGGCACAGCGAAGUGUCAACAGGUACGAGUAUCCCCAAGGUGACGAUCUUCCAACGCGCCGCAAGAAAGUCGUUGAAGACGCUCGCCAUCCUGUUGCCGCACAGUUUGCUGUUUGGUGUCCCUUUCGACAUGCUAAAGGAGCUGGAGGAGCUGUAUUUCCCGCGCCCGCAGAACAGCUAUCUCACGUCGUUCCACAUAGGGUUGAACGGCGCAAUCACCGACUACCAGACAGAUACCCUGCCCACCGUUCUCGCCCAAAUACCGCCGGCGCUCGCGGCUCUCACACGGGUCGACAUUCACUGCAUGCUCGUGCGGAGCCAAGAGGAUACCCAGCCCACUCGAGUCCGACUCGCCGAAGAGCUGGCUCGCUUGCUUCACCAGCAUCCAUCUUUGGUCGUGACGUUCCACGUCCGCGGGUACUCCGAACGGGAUGCCGAGUACAUGCGUGCUUGUCUCGCGAAAUCCCUGGUCGUGCGAUCCUGUCCAGAGCUGAAGAGCGAAUCAGAACGUCUGCGAUUUAUCCACGACGUGGCAGACCCUGAGGCUCACGUCUGGGAGGAUGGCUGGCACAAGGCGGAUACUGCAAGCAGCAUCCCGCUGUUCCAGGCACAGCACGACGCGGAGAUGGCAUCAUGUGGAAGAGGCCCGGGGUAGAUAGCUCCAACGUUGACUUGCCCGACUCUUUCGGUACCGUUAAUGUUUACAGUUUGG